AUGGAACAUCAACUCAAUAUCUCUCAACCCACUAACCAGAAUUUCAACCCAACAGACACCAAUCCUCAACAUUUGUCGCCAUCAUCCCACUCUUCAACUUUACAGAUUGCAUCUAUACCCGAGUGUAUUGACCCGCUUUUUAAAAGCGAGCUAGAUCCAGCACUGAUGAAAAGUACUGAUAUAAAAGCUCUUGUUGCAUCUAUUCGUAGCUUGGAUUUGGAUGUGUUUACAUCAGUGUCAAAGUUGCUUUCCAAGAGACUUCCUAAAGGAUGCAGGAUCUCCACAACUGACAUGUCAUGUUUGGUGACCAUGGUCAAUACACUCAAUGAACACAUUCAAUCAUGGAAUGAAUUGACAAGCAAGACAAGGGUGGAUGAAAAAGAAGAUUCAAUUAAUACAAGUUUAUAUUCAAUCACCGAGAACGCAGCCUGUCAGCAGUCAUACAAUAAUAUAAUCUCUGUUGUGAUCCAGAUAAAAACCAUGAUGGAGCAUCUUUGCAGUAUUUUAUUUGUACCCUCUUGCUACGCUGCAACAGAUACUGAAGCAAUACGCAAAUACGGUGUGAGGGAAAAGUAUCGACAUAUAGCACUUCAUCUUUUCAACGACCCAUUUAGUAAUCUAGUUGAGCAGUAUAUUCAAGACUAUGAACGAUUUCACAAGUCAAAUCAACGGAGAAGGCAAAGGACAACUUUAAACAAGCGCGAUGGUCUCGGAGAUGGCAAUAGAUGGAAUCUAUAUGACGAUAUAUCCACGAAACCUAGUCUUUUAUCCAAGAGGAAGUGCAGUUUUGAAAACAGUCAAGAGACGGAAGACUUUGAUUGUGUGGAUGUAGACAUACAAUCGCAACAUAUGGAUACUGAAGAAGAUCAAGAAAUGCAAAGCCCGACUGUUUCCAUGUUUUGUGAAUGGGUUGUGAACAUGUAUACGUGUGCGCAUUCAAACCAACAGCAUGCUUCCAACUCGACAUUGCCAUCAUCAACUCAAACACACCGUAUUCAAAGUGAUCCUGUUUCAGCCUACACACUAAAUCUCUUGGAAGAGUUUGUCUAUUUUGUAGGUGGAUUUUCACAUACCAACCAUAAGCUUCUUUAUAGCACUGUUACGGAUUGGGUUGAUCGGCAUUUUCGUCAACACACGCAAGCUUCUGGACUGGUAAGAUGGCAAAUGGAAACAGGCCAAUCGUAUUUUGAUCGUUUGAUUGUAGAAGAGUUUGGAGGUCGUCGAGGAUUGGCUUUAUGGCUCAAGAGCAUGUCCACGACUCAAAUCCAGAGCCAGUUUGAAUGUGGUAAACAGGGAUUUGUUGGUUGUUUUCGUGAUGGCAUAGAAUGGCUAGAUCAACAUCUCGAUUUGAAAUCGAAUGAUUCUGACAAGACUGUAUCUGGUUUGAGUACUACACCGCUGUAUCGACACCGAGAAAUGGGAAUUAUUGCACUCAGUCUACCUUCACAGCCUGGCGAUCCACUAAUCCAAUGUGCACGUUGUGUUGGCCGAGCUAUUGUCAGUGAUUAUUUUAUUCAUGUCUUACCAUCACAACAUCAUAAAUUAGUGAUGCGUUGA